AUGCGCUUUAUUGUUCGAAAUGCCGCGCAAAUCAGCAACAUACGAAGUGUGACGCUGCGGGGCACGCGUAGCACACAAUGCCUUGGACGAGAAUUUUGCACCCAGAAAUUUGACGAGGAGGAAAGAGCUAUCCUCGGAUCAUGGCUGGCCAACAUGCAGGACGAAGCUACUGGAGAGCUUCAACUGCCAGAUGCCAUAGCUGCUGUCGUGUCUCGUCUUUCAUCAGCGACAACCCUAGAGAUACAGACCUUUGACCGAGCCAGUUACGAUGACGGAGGCAAAGCUCGCCCUCCCAGAGACCCAUUCCUGUGCACCUUAGGGCAGCUCAUAUCCUCCUCCAACAAUAGCUCCGUUCUCAACAGCCUUGGAACACUCCAAUUUAGCAUACCUGUUCCCGACGAUGAUCUUGCGAAGGAUUUCGGAUACUGCAUCUACCCAGAAUCCAUCCUGCCUUUUUUCAGCCUGCCUUCGAUCAAGACGCUUGAGCUUCACAGAGUGGAUGACGGCGGAAAGCCGAUUAAGCCGAUUUCAUCGCUUACAGCACCGACACUGAAGAGCUUGGUCUUGAAGAGAUGCCAACUCAUAGAAGACAACAUUGCCACAAUCAUUCGAAAUUCCCCAACUCUCGAAGUCUUGCGAGUCGAUAUCGCUAUCGAUGCCGACUGCGCGAAAGGAUGGCUCAACUUGGCAAACCUGAAAACUGCUCUGGCGCCUCUAAAGGAGUCACUCAAGGAAUUAUCGCUGUCGUUGACCUUGUGGUCGUCAACGGCCAUCGAUUGUGGCGGGCCAGGACCCUGGGGCAUCCGCGGUUCGAUCGGUUCGCUAGAGGAUUUUACCAGCCUGACCCACCUGAUCAUUUCUCUGCCCGUUCUACUUGGCUGGAAGACGCAAGGCGCCGCUGAUAUAAUCUACGUUUUGCCGGAAAGCCUCGAGGUGCUAACGAUCACAAACGAGAUGGCUUCGUGGUGGAAAUAUGAGUGGGAUGACCUCAACUGUGAAGGCGGUCAUGCCGAGAUGGCGAGAUGGGAGACCCUAGAAUGGAAAAUUAUGGAGUUUUUGGAAUGCCGGCCGCCUGUAUUGAGAGAGCUGAGACUGGUGAUCGGUGAGGUUGCCGGUGAGGAGGAGAGGGCUAAGGAGUUGAAGGCGAGGCUGGUCGAUACGGGCCGUCCUGUCGGGGUCAACGUCACUGUCGAGUUCAAAACAUAA